CGGGGAGCGCUGCGACCACUGACGCAGAAUUCCCCAAUGGGGAAAUAUCUCGAUCCCGCACACAUGGCCUCCAGCUCGGACUGGCCACCUGGAUGAUCAACCUCGGUCAAUCCAUACUUUCCGAUUUCCUCACCCUUCGUUGGAUGAGAUCUCUUGUCUAAUUCGUUAAUAAUUCCCAUCUCACCGCCGAGCCCUCCCCGGGCCACUCAUCCCGCCCCUCCUGCCAAUUGACACCUCCGCCAUGGCUGCGCAGUCACUCAGCUCGUUGCUGCAACGGGCAUCCAUUGACGACCACGAGGAAGUUCUACAGUCCUCCAACGCUGCGUUGGCCAAGUCCAAGUCCGACCUCCAUGCCCAGCACGCCAAGGCAGUCGCCUUGUUGAAACUAGAUCGCUACGAUGACUGCCUGCGAGUGUUCGAAGAGGCCGGUGAUGGUUUGAAGAAGAGAGCGGCGCUGGAAUAUGCUUACGCACUGUACAAAUGUGGUCAGCUGGAGCCGGCGAUUGAAGUGGUAUCACGCUUGGCUGGCGAGAGAGGUGCACUUCAUUUGGAAGCUCAAGCCAGCUACCGCUCAGAGAAGUUCCGUCGCGCGGCCGAGAUCUACGAAGAAUUGUCGAAAGGCGAGACGUCCUUGUACAAUGAAGAGAACGAUUUGCGCAUCAACUCGUGGGCCACGGAUGCACAGCUGCAAUGGAAGGGAUACCCCGAGUUCGUACGCCACAGCAGGCCGACACGGGAUGAUCUGGAGGCGUUCGAGACAGUCUACAAUGCAGCUUGUUUGAGUAUUGCAAAGGGGGAGUUCCAACAAGGAGAAGUGCUUCUGAAGCGGGCAAAAGAGCUCUGCCGGACAUCGGAGGACCUUACACCCGAAGACAGGGCUGCGGAGCUGCUCCCAAUCGCUGUGCAGCAGUUGUACGUUUUGCUUCGUCAGGGCAAGUCGGAAGAGGCUCAAUCUGUUCUGGAGGAGAUUUCCGUUGGAGAUAUCCCCGAGCUCUCAACGAGAAAGAUCGCGCAAACCAACAUUACCCUUGCUCGUGGCACCACCACCAACCCCUUCGCUCUAUACAAGGCCCUCCACGAAACCCCCGAUUCUGCUGACAGCGACAAGCUCUUCGAGUACCAAGAUAAUAUCGCGACAGGGAACACACACUCGGCAGAUCUUCUCGUCCACAAAUACGAUGGCAUCAUCCGUUCCACAUCGAAGGCACUCGCUCAAGCUGCCUACCCCUCGACGGAACCUCGGGUCAACCUGCUAUCUGUAUACAACGCUGCGGCUCAUGCGCACGGGGAAACGGGCACGAAGGCCCUGAAGCCGAUAUUGGCCGCGCUCGAAAAACGGCCCAAGGACCUUGGUCUAACCCUCACGGCCGUUCAGCUCUAUGUGAGUGCCGGCAACACGACGUCCGCGAUCACCACGCUGGAGCGAACCGUCCAACUGCUCGAUGAAUCCAUCUCCGAACAAGACAAGGAAGUCCGUUUCAACCCCGGCCUGCUAAGCAUUCUGGUUUCUCUUUACAAGCUUGAAGGCCGUAAAGUCCAGAUUAGAGGCGAACUCGCCAAGGCUGCGACGUACUGGCAGAGCCAGGCUGAACCCCCAGCCUCGUUGCUCCGCGCCGCGGCGGCUUCCUUGUUGCAUUCAUCCGAUCGCUCGGACCUGGUGACAGCCGGCGACCUCUUCAAGUCCCUCUACCAGAACGACACGAAUGACCGGUAUGCCGUAGCCGGCUACGUCGCCUCGCAAGCGACGCUCGACUAUUCCAAGGUCCAAGCACAGGUGGACAGUCUCCCGACCGUCGCGGACCUAAUCUCUGGCGUCAACGUUGCCUCUCUCGAAUCUGCCGGCAUCUCCCCAUCCUCCUCUGCCAACGCUGCCGCUGCCGCGGCCAUGGCCGGUGCUCGGAAGCGACCUGCCAACAAAGAUAACCGCGUAACCAAGCGCAUCAGACAGUCACGUCUGCCCAAGGACUACGAUCCCAGCAAGACUGCCGACCCAGAACGCUGGCUCCCGCUUCGCGACCGCUCCAGCUACCGCCCAAGGGCCGGAAGGGCAAGCAGCGCGCUGCGGAGCGGACACAGGGUGGUGUCGUGCACGAGAAGGCUGAGGAGUCGGCCGCUGCGCCCACAAGUCAGCAGCAGAAGCCUCAAGGCGGGGGGCCAGCUCGAAGAAAAAGAAGAAGGGCAAGCGACACGUCUUGCAUUUGCUAGCAGGAUAUACCACAGGAAGUUUGUUGUUGCACAAAGCAUGUAG